UAUCCGCUCCGCUAAUCCCUCCGUCACUUCUUCCCCUUCCGCUCCGCUAAUCCCUCCGUCACUUUCUCCCCUACCAAAAAUCCCUUCCGCUGGCGUCCCCAUGAAGGCAGGCACGCAGCCUGUAGACACAUCAUCCCCACCGCUCCUCCGCUCCGCCGGCCGUCCAGGCCCACGCCAUGCCUUCUCCCCACGCGGCAUCGCCUCCAUCGGCCCUCCACGCCCCACUUCCCUUGUCGGAGGUCCCUCCAUCUUUUCACUUCCUCGGUCGAGAUGCCGCCGCCCAACCACCGCAUCUCACCCGCGGGCCUCUUCGGCGCCCCUGACCCGCCGCCCUCCCAGUGCUCCCUCACACCUCUCCCUUCUCGGUGCCCACAAGCCGUCCUCCUGGCGCUCCCCACUCCAUCUCACAAAGACAAAAUCGAGACGGCGGCAGGUGCCCGCAUCGCCGGCUCGCCGCACUUCGCUGGCCAACAACCGCCGCGGGCGUUCCCUGAUCCCUUCGAGCAGCAGCAGCAAUGGGCGCCCAAUCCCCUCCAUGCGUCCGUGCUCUCCGCCUGGGAGUUGCUCUGUUGCCAGGAGAUUCAAGACUUCUAUCUCAUAAGAUAUUCAAUGGAUAUUUUGUGAAACUAUUUCUACGUCGGUGUUUGUCCAGAAGAAAGAAACUCAUGUUCAGGAAGAGCUAUUUUGUGCACAUGAGUUGCUAUUGGCAGUGGACAGAUUAUCUAUGCAGAGAGCUUAGAGAAAAAAAAUGUAACCUCCCAAGUAGACUAUCUCUGGCAGAGGAAAACUUCCACCGAAUCGACAUGAAGCUCCAUACCCAUGUGGGUGCUCCGGCGGUGGCGAUGACUGCGCCGGCGCCAACAUGCCAUCCCUUAGCCUGCUUUGCUUGAUGCCAGCCUCGCCGCCUGCGUCGGAGAGGCAGCUGUAGGUCAGGAUGCUCCGGGAGAUCACCACGCUUGGGCAAGAUGAGCGUCACAUCCUGGUCCAGCAAGGAGGAUCAUAUGUGUACCAAGACCGGAGAAGAGCGCCGGCAAAGAAUACGAGGCGAAGGAGGAGUUCGAAGCUCGAGUUGCGGCAUGAGCAGAGUCCAAGAAGUGUAAACUUGCAUCAAGUCACGAACAAAAUCUCCACGUAUUUUCUUCUGAAUCUUGUGUUGUUUUGGUCAUGAUGGAUCAGAUAUCAAAGGAAGGAGGUGACGAUACAGGAGUGGGAGAACUGCCAGAAAUCCAAAUUCGAAGCCAAGAUGAAUGCAGAGCUCAGCAUCCAUGAACUUGUUGCACCAUCCAGAUAAGACUGAAACAAAUCUCAGCUGGUUGUAAUUGUGCAAAUUUUAUUUCAGGUGCAGGCCGAGAAGGCGCGGGUGAAGAACAACUUCACCAAGAGGCUUCCCACAUUGAGGCACAAGGUGGAGGGGAAGCAAGUGAGGGUCGAGGUGAGGCGGGACCAGCAGGCAGUCUGGUUGGCGCGACAGGUGGAGCGCAUCUGGAAGACCGGACACGUGCCGUCCCGGUUCCAGUGUUGCAACUGGUUCCUGUGCUGAAAACCAAACAAAUUUCAGAUUGCGUCUGAAAUGCAAUCUCACUGAAGAAGCUUGAAUGUCUCGAUGCAGGCCGUGGGACAAGAUGCACAUGCAAUUAUUUGAAUCGGUGUGCUGCAGAUGUUGGUUUGCUGUGUAGUCUGUACAAUCUGAAUGGCUAUGACCUGAGCUACAGUAGCACGUUACCAUUGAUAACAUGAGGUAAUGCUAAUGGUCUGGUGGCUAAUGUAGUGAGAUCUUGAAAUCAUCCUUUCUUUAAACUUAGUGGUAAUGGUAGAAAAAUAAAAAAUAUGGCAUUUUAUCUAGGAAAGAUAUA